AUGUUAAUUCAUUUCUAUAAAGGUCAUUUAUUUUGUCUUGCCUGUGUACAAGGAAUUGCAAAUGGUGAAAAAACAUUCAAAUGUCCAUCUGAUGACUGCAAUAUUGAAAUCAGUCUUGAUAAUCUUAUUGUUUGUGUGGUUGCUGACCGGUCUGUUCAAGAUGCCAAAUUCAUGAAUCCAUCUGCCCCAAGAGAAGGUUCCCAUAUUAAGAGACAAGAGAAGGAUUCCCAUUUAUUAACUUGUCUAAAUCAAAUUGUACAAUGUCCAUAUCAAGAUAAUUGUAUCGACACAAUGAUGAGAAAGGAUUUAGAAUCUCAUAUUCAAAGUUCUCCUUUAGUCCAUGUCGCUUCCACUCCAGAACAAUACAAACUAAAACUUAAUGGAUUAAUGAAUGAAAAGAGUAAACUUGAAUCAACAAUGGGAGAAUCUUCAACUAAACUAGAUGACCUGGUUGUCCAAAUCAAGGAGAUACAAUUAAUUAUCGGUGAUGAAACCAAUCAAAGAGCAUAG